UUUGUUGCUUGGAUCGGCCAACCACUGAAAAUUAGUUGGAUUGGGAUGUGAUUCACAAGUUCACAAUCCCAGACUAACGUACACUAGGAUGAAAGCACUGGGACAUCCUCAGCUGCCAGGUGUGAGCCUGCUAGUGGUCCACUUGGCAUUCGCUGAUUGCUUCUCUGAAAAGAAAAUAUUGGCCGUGCCUUCGCGCUAAGCCUUUUAGGCACACUCCCCACAAAUUAGAAACCAGUGGCUUCUGUUUCGGUCCCUAGUUGAGAGAGACAGAGAGAGAGAGAGACAGAGAGAGAGAGGAAAUUGGUGAGAAAACAGAAGAAUUUGGAUUCUACGGUGUGGAAGGAAUCCGUAAACAGCCUCUGCAGCAAUUGAGGAAAAAAGACUGAAGUGAAAAGAAAGAUAACUUUUUCCUUUUUUGUUGAUUUUGUUGUUUCUGCAUCGUUUUCAGGAGAUUUUGAUAGAAAACAGAGAACCCAGAAAGGAAAUUCCCACAACCCUUUCCAGAAUUGUAUAUAUUUUUGUAUCUGAAUUGGGUUUUCCAGCUGAAUCCGAAUUUUGAGAGAAAAGCAGAGAAUCCAACACACAGAGGGAGGGAGAGAGAGAUAAAGAUUUGAACUUUUAACACAGAUCCUACAAUUUGAGGCGAAAUUUUGAUUUGGGUUACUCUGAAAAGGGGAAACAAGAAUUGGGUUUCGAUCAGAGAGGAGGAUAAGGCGGUGGAAAUAGGAAUUUGGGGUGUUUGGUGAAUGGGAAAAUGGAUUUCUGGCCCGAGUUUCUUGCGAGCAGUUGGGGAAAAGAAUUUGUGGCAGGAGGGGUUGGAGGGAUGGCUGGUGUAGUUUCUGGUUAUCCGCUCGACACUCUCCGGAUCUUGCAACAGAAUUCGCAUUCGGCAUCGGCCUUCAGCAUCCUUCGCAAUGUUGUCUCUGCUGAAGGCCCCGUUGCCCUUUACAGAGGCAUGACUGCUCCCCUGGCAGCCGUUACCUUCCAGAAUGCCAUAGUUUUCCAGGUAUACUCUAUCCUCUCUCGAACCUGCGAUCCUUCCGUUUCAGCCAAAGACCCUCCUUCAUACAAAGGUGUUUAUUUAGGGGGAGUUGGCACAGGUGCUAUACAGAGCCUAAUACUCAGCCCUGUAGAACUCGUAAAAAUCCGGCUUCAACUCCAAACGAUGCAAAAUCGAAACCUCAUCAGCCAAUCCCCCAAAGGCCCUAUAGAUGUUGCCAAAGGCAUUAUGAGAGCAGAAGGCGUAAGGGGAAUAUAUAGAGGACUUUCUAUUACUGUCCUGAGGGAUGCACCGUCGUUCGGUUUCUACUUCUGGACUUAUGAGUACAUGAGAGAGAAGCUUCACCCGGCGCAGAGGACCGGCGAAGAGAGCUUGCAAACAAUGCUGGUGGCAGGAGGGCUUGCGGGAGUAGCCAGCUGGAUUUGUUGUUAUCCCCUAGACGUUGUGAAAACGAGAUUGCAGGCUCAGGUUCUGUCUCAGUACCCGCCCAGAUAUUCCGGCAUUGUUGAUUGCUUUCAGAAGAGUGUUAGAGAGGAUGGCUAUGGCGUGCUCUGGCGUGGACUAGGAACUGCGGUUUCUAGAGCCUUUCUGGUGAAUGGGGCAGUUUUUGCUGCUUAUGAGAUUGCUCUGAGGUGCCUAUACUAGGAAGAAGGUGGAUUUGGAAUUGGGAUUGGGUGCAGAUCUUGGUAGGAGAAAAGAGAAUACUCUUUUUUUUUUUUUUAAUUAAAAAGGGUCUCUCUCGUGUGGCUUAAUAAGACGACUGGGCUUUUAUUUAUUUUCAA